UGGGGAUUCUUGUAUAAAGAAAGCAAAGUUCCGCAGAAGGAAUUGGACAAACGCACUCACAACAGCGAACCAUAUUGGUCUCCCACACACGCAGGGGGACUGUUUGCCAUUGACAGAAAAUAUUUUUUUGAAUUGGGAGGAUACGAUCCUGGUCUACAGAUUUGGGGUGGGGAAAACUUCGAGUUGUCUUUCAAAAUAUGGAUGUGUGGGGGUAGCAUUGAAUGGGUCCCUUGCUCCCGUGUCGGACACGUAUACAGGAAUUAUAUGCCAUAUGGAUUUGGGAAAAUUACCAGCAAAAUACCCAUCGUCCUCCUCAAUUAUAUGCGUGUGGUGGAAGUGUGGUUAGACGAGGAUUUCAAACAAUAUUUCUACCGACGUGAACCUUCAGUUGAAGGUUACCCAGUUACUAAUAUUAGCGACCAGUUAACAUUUAAAAAAGAACACAAAUGCAAAAGCUUCAGUUGGUUUAUGGAUAACAUUGCCUACGAAGUCUACGAUAAAUUCCCACCGCCACCGGAAAACAAGGCUUGGGGUGAAAUUCAUUUGAAGUCUGGGGGUAGCCUGUGCUGGGACACCUACGGGCAACCACCGGGUGGCGGCCCUAUUGGAGUGAGUGGCUGUCAUCACUUCGGUGGUAACCAGUUGUUUAGACUUAAUGUACAGGGCCAAAUGGCCAUGGGGGAACGAUGCAUCGACUCUGGGAACGGUGACACACUACACGUCCAGUUCUGCGACAUCCAACCGAACGGACCGUGGAGCUGGGAUGAGAAAACUGGACUAAUUAUGAACAAGAAUCGUAACAGUUGCGUGGAGUCUGGCCACGACAGCCGGCUUCACCUGAAAACUUGCAACGAACAGGUUGCCAAUCAACAAUGGAUUAUAAAAAUGAUUUGGUCGUGGAAAUAAUUUUUUUUUUUUUUUUAAACCAGAACCCCUCAUCUUUGAUCAUAUCAUUUCAUAUAUUACAACCACCAAACCUCUCUGGGUCAUCAUACAUAAAUGUUCGGAAUGAAACAAAUUUACAGAGGGUCCAGUCUUUAGACUGUCCUCAGCCACUUCUUUCGUAUCCUGUGGUAUGUUAAACAAUUAUUAUUUACGAAU